AUGCGGUUAUUUCGGUCGCUUUUUGGCCUGGCCACCCUCCUGCUGGGGGUGCUGGCUACAGAUAAUGGCCUCCAAACAACAGUCACAUGGGACAACGGCUCCCUGAUGGUCAAGGGCGAGCGCGUCAUGAUCAUGAGUGGAGAAUUUCACUACGCCCGUCUGCCUGUCCCCGAGCUGUGGCUCGACGUCUUCCAGAAAUUCAAGGCUAGCGGUAUGAAUACUGUGAGCAUCUACUUCUUCUGGUCCUACCAUUCUGCAUCCAAGGGCGUGUACGACUUUACGACUCCGGGGAAAGACAUCCAACGUUUGUUCGACAUGGCUCAAGAAGCUGGGCUCUAUGUAAUUGCUAGGCCUGGACCGUACUGCAACGCCGAGACGAAUGCUGGAGGGUUUGCCCUCUGGACCAGCGACGGAAGCGGUGGAUCAUACAGAACUUCAGAUGGAACGUAUCAGCAGGUCUGGUCAGAGUGGAUCACGGAAAUCGGUGCGAUUAUCAAGAGAAAUCAGAUCACCAACGGCGGUCCAGUGAUCCUGACGCAAGUCGAGAACGAGUUGACGGAGGGAACUCGUAGCCCGACGAAUACACUUGUUGUGUAUAUGGAGCAACUAAAGACCGCUUUCAAGGAAGCAGGCAUCAUUGUUCCCCUAACGCACAACGAGAAGGGAUUUAGAGGAAAGAGCUGGUCGACCGAUUAUCAGAAUGUCGGCGGCGCAAUCGACGUCUACGGCCUGGACAGCUAUCCCGGUGGUAUGAGCUGUACCAACCUCGACACUGGCUUCAAUUUGCCAAAAACAUACUACCAGUGGUUCCAAGAGGCGUCGCCGACUCAACCCAUGUACAUUCCCGAAUUCGAAGGAGGUUGGUUCCAGCCGUGGGGUGGCUACUUCUUCGACCAAUGCCAGGCGGAACAUAGCCCAGAGUUUGCGGAUGUUUUCUACAAGGGCAUGAUUGCUCAACGAGUCACGCUCCUCAACUUGUACAUGGCUUUCGGCGGUACCAACUGGGGACACAGUGCUGCACCUGUGGUUUUCACGUCUUACGAUUACAGCGCUCCCCUACGCGAGACUCGUGAGAUUCGCGAGAAGUUCAUGCAGUACAAGCUACUGUCUCUGUUUACUCGCGUCAGCAAAGGCCUCCAUAAUACUGAGAUGGAAAGCAAUGGGACCGGAAAUGCAGUCAGCAGUCCAGCCAUCUGGACGUGGGUCCUCAAAAACCGCGACACGGAUGCGAGGUUCUAUCUUGCACAAAACGACAACACCAAGACUAGAGCAGUAACCGACUUUGCAAUCACUGUCGACACCUCUGCUGGUGACAUCACAAUCCCAAGCAUGCAGCUCAAGGGCCGACAAAGUCGAUGGGUUGUGACCGACUACGCACUUGGCAACGAAACACUGCUCUACUCGUCGGCUGAAGUCCUUACGUAUGGGACUUUCAACCACCCCGUCGUCGUGUUCUAUCUCAAAGAAGGCCAGACUGGAGAGUUCGCUUUCAAGUCGCAGAGCAACGUCACCUUCAGCACAUAUGGGGCGGAUUCUAAUUUCGCACGGACGUUUAGCAAUGGUACUGGCUAUACGAGCUUCACCUACGAGCAAAGCGAGGGGGCGACAGUAGUACAGUUCUCCAACGGCGUACUGGCCUACCUUCUUGACGUUCCUACGGCAUACACCUUCUACGCGCCUUCAACGACAAGUGACCCCAACGUGACCCCCGACCAACAGAUAUUCGCCAUCGGUCCCUAUCUCGUUCGGUCCGCCAGCGUAUCAGGAGAUGUAGUAUCUAUAAUCGGCGACAACGCCGUCGCCACGACGCUCGAAGUCUACGCCGGAGCCGGAGUGAACACGAUAUCCUGGAACGGCAAGGAGCUCUCCACAUCUGCAACCCGCUAUGGCUCUCUCACAGCACAAAUCCCAGGCGUACAAGACCGCACCGUCACCCUCCCUCCACUGACAGACUUCCUCGCUGCCGACUCGGCGCCCGAAAUCUCCCCCGCCUAUGACGACAGCAAAUGGACCGUUGCUAAUAAGAACACAACGCUCAGCCAAGUCAAGCCCCUAACGCUCCCCGUCCUGUUCAGCAGCGACUACGCGUUCUACACUGGAGCGAAAAUCUACCGCGGCUACUUCGCUGGCACAAGCGCCACAGCACUGAACCUAACGGUGCAGGGUGGCGUAGCAGCAGGAUGGAAUGCAUGGCUCAACGGCCAGCCACUAGGAUACCACCCAGGCAAUGUCUCGCAAACCUCCACCACCGCCGUGCUGUCUUUCAACAACAUCACCCUCGCUGCCUCCAACGUCCUUACCGUAAUCACAGAUUACACCGGCCACGACCAAACCUCUACAGGCCCUACCGGUGCCGAAAACCCCCGCGGCAUCCUCGGCGCCCAACUCCUCGGCACAAACUCUACCACAUUACCCUCCCUAAGCUGGAAAAUAACGGGCAAUGCCGGCGGCGAAGCGAACAUCGACCCCGUCCGCGGCCCCAUGAACGAAGGCGGCCUGUACGGCGAGCGCCUCGGCUGGCACCUGCCCGGCUUCCCCUCUACUGACUGGCAGCCCCGAGACCCCAUCACCACCGGCGUAUCAGGUACAGGAAUUACAUGGUUCACAACCUCCUUCCCGCUCGCCAUCGACGCGGACCUCGACGUCCCGAUUGGCGUCGAACUCAUCGCGCCGGCAGGAACCGUCGCGCGCAUCUUGCUCUUCGUCAACGGGUACCAGUUUGGCAAGUAUCUGCCGCAUAUCGGGCCGCAGACGGUGUUCCCCGUCCCACCUGGUAUUCUCAAUAUGCGCGGUGACAAUACGCUUAGUCUGGCGGUGUGGGCACAGACGGGGGCUGGCGCGAAGCUGGAUACAGUCAGGCUGGUAGAGUAUGCGCGGUUUGAGAGCGGGUUUGGAUUUAGCAGCAUCGAUGGGGAGGCGCUGCAGACAGGGUGGACGGAUAGGAGCGAGUAUGCGUGA